CUUUUGCCAUCUCCGACCCUGUUCGCCUCACAAAAACUUUCUCCCUUCUAUUAUCUUGGAUUUAAAAAAUAAAAAACAAAAAAAUCUCACGCCUCGGCUCUCUUCUUCUUCUUCUUCCCACCCUUCGUCGGAUGUUCUCGAUCUACUCCUCCCCUCGGUUCUCUCUGCCUCUCGGGAGAUGGAGGAGCGGGAGACUCCGAACGGCUCUCCAACCCGUUCCAAGGAUCCACGUCGCUCCGCGGGCCAUCCCAUUCUCCAUGAACGAAAACUCGGUUCCGGCACCCAAAAACCCUCUCGAUUACGAUCCUUCGAGGGAGCUCCUAGGUCUCGAUGUCGACCCGCAAGGAAAGAAUGCUAAUCCUGAUGCACCAAAAUUAAGGUCUUGGUUUGGUCCAAAUGGCCAAUACAUCAGGGAGCUACCUUGUCCAAGUUGCAGGGGCAGGGGUUAUACACCCUGUGCUGAGUGUGGAAUUGAGAGAUCGAGAUCUGACUGUUCCCAGUGUAAUGGGAAGGGUAUUAGAACUUGUUGGCAGUGCUUGGGAGAUUGUGUAAUAUGGGAAGAGUCAAUUGAUGAGCGACUAUGGGAGAAAGCUCGAUCUAGCUCUCCUCUAAAGGUGAAGGAAGAUGAUGAAGUUGACAAUCUGGAUAUAAAGGUUGAUGUUUCAAGAAAAUCAAAACGUGUAUACCAGUCACCAUCUCCUGAAGUUAGCUUAAAGAUCAGCAGAUCACUGAGAAGUCUCAAUGCCAGAACGGGAUUGUUUAGUAAGCGUAUGAAGAUUAUACACAGAGAUCCUAUGCUACAUGCUCAGAGAGUAGCUGCAAUCAAGAAAGCAAAAGGGACUGCUGAAGCAAGGUUUCAGGCUUCUGAAGCUAUGAAAGCUUUUUUUCGUGAUCCAGAGAAUCGCAUUAAGAGAAGCAUAGCCAUGAAAGGAGUGAAAUUUUAUUGCCGCAACUGUGGGGAGGAAGGACACAGAGGACAUUACUGUCCAACACUCAGGCAAAACUCAGGUAAGUUGCAGUUCCGAUGUCGCUUAUGUGGGGAAAAGGGACACAACCGUCGGACGUGUGGAAAAUCCAAACUAGCAAGAGAACCAAAGAGUAGAAACCAGAGAAUCUCCCGUCGGUGCACAUUAUGUGGCCAACACGGCCAUAAUCGUGGAACAUGUCCUAAAUCGACCGAAACAGAAGCAGCCGUUUCAAACACCCAAGAAGGCACACAGGUUUCUUCUAGUAAAAGAACAUAUAUUUGUAGUUUCUGUUUAGAAAGGGGGCAUAAUAAAAGAACAUGUCCUACGAGAGAUUCUAUUUGAGACAUGAUUAUUUGUAAUUUUGCAGUUUGAAAUGACUUUUGGCAUGCCAUGGUCUGCUCACCAUGAAAAAGCUUUGAGAUAUGUGUGUGUGUGUGUGUGUGUAUAUAUAUAUAUAGAGAGAGAGAGAGGAAUUUUCCCAUUGAUUUUCAGUAUUCAUCCUAUUUAAUAGUCCUUACAAUUUUUUUCUAA